UCCAGCGCAGCGCCGCCUAAUUCCGUCAUUAACAAACUCUCCGCAAGAACCUCUCAUGGAGAGCAAGUCCUUUUGGACUUAAACAGGACUUCACGGGAGGCUUUUACAAGACCGCAUUACUGGGUUCUUCAUUAUAGGCUGACCUUUCCACCUUUCCACGCUGUUGAGAAACCAGGAAAAAGCACCCACCUCCCAGGCACCCCUUCUUCCGCGAUCCGCACCCCCAGCCCUCGCGCGAGAGCUUGCGUGGGAUCACCCUCGCUCUACGCAGGAGCCGAGCUUCCAUUUCCCGUCGUGCACCGGACAGCUCACAGACCAGUCACGCGUGCGCAGCCGCAUCGUUUGUUUGCGUUGGAGUGCGGGCCCUGAGGAAAGGGCUCCCGGCCUGGAGGAAGAGGCGGCGGCAGGAACGCAGCGGGCGCGCAGCUGUAGGGCGGGGCUGACGGGCGUCGGCCUCGCCAGAGCGACUUGGGAAGUGGGGGAGAACUCUGCUUCCGGCGAACAGAGGCCGAAGCGAGGCCUUCCUGGGUAGCCUUCCGCCCCUGCCAUCGGGCUGAAUGGGGUUGCGAGCGCCUGCUCCUACAAAACAGCCCCGUCGAGACUUCGCCGUCUGUUAGGCGCUGUUAGGCUAAAACCUCUCCCCGAGAAACCGCUUUGGCUGUGCCAAUCUCUUUCGGUGGAACAAGGCCGUAGAGGUGCUGCGGAGAGGGACUCCGUGCCCCAGAAGCGAGAGAAAGCGGGGUGCUGGGGAGCGGAUGCUGUCCAUUUCGAACCAGAUUCCCAACCCCGUUUGGGUGCUAUGUGGAAGAAGAUGACGGAACUGAGAGUACGUUUGCGCUAAGAAAAGAGAGAGGCUUCCUGGCCCCCAAAUCCUCACCCUAACCCAGAUUCCUGGAUCAAGUUCUCUGACUUGUGGGACAGUGAUUUUAGGUGGAAACAUGAACAGAUACCUCCCAGUAGCACGACAGCAUUUCCUGGCUGUGCUAGCCAGCACUAGUGUAGUAGUGAAGUCUAUAUGUGCCAUUGUCAUCUUGCUCUAUCUUCUCUCUUUUGGUGUAGACACAGUGUUUGGACUUGGUGUUACACCCGGAUAUCUCUUUCCACCCAACUUUUGGAUAUGGACGCUGGCAACCCACAGUCUGGUGGAAAAGCAUAUUUGGGAUGUAGGUGUAAGCCUGGCCACUAUAGUGGUGGCAGGAAGGUUGCUGGAGCCACUAUGGGGUGCCCUGGAACUUUUGAUCUUCUUUGCAGUGGUGAAUAUUUCCGUUGGGCUUCUGGGAGCCUUUGCUUAUCUUCUUACUUAUAUGGCAACAUUCAGUCUGUCUUACUUAUUUUCUGUUCGCAUUUAUGGCAUGCUGGGUUUCCUUGGUGGUGUCUUAGUGGCCCUCAAGCAAACCAUGGGUGACAGUACUGUCUUGAAGAUACCUCAGGUGCGAAUGAAAGUUGUUCCAAUGCUCUUGCUUCUCAUCCUUUCAGUUUUGAGACUGACCACUCUUAUUGAAAGCAACAUUUUGGCUUCUUAUGGUUUUGGGGUCCUUUCCAGUUGGAUAUAUCUUCGUUUUUACCAGAGGCAUAGCCGAGGGCGUGGGGAUAUGUCAGACCACUUUGCAUUUGCCACAUUCUUCCCUGAGAUCCUACAACCUGUGGUUGGUUUGCUGGCUAAUCUUGUGCACAGCAUCUUAGUGAAAGUGAAAGUCUGUCGGAAAACAGUGAAACGUUACGACGUUGGAGCCCCUUCUUCUAUUACUAUCAGUUUGCCUGGAACAGAUCCUCAGGAUGCUGAACGAAGGAGACAACUGGCUCUAAAAGCAUUGAAUGAACGGUUGAAGCGUGUGGAAGAUCAGUCAGCCUGGCCCAGCAUGGAGGAUGAAGAUGAAGAAAAUAUUAAGGCCGAUACUCCGUUGCUACCUGAAAAGAGCCGGGACUCUGUCGCUGUUGGGAAAGCUUCCAGCCAGGAAUCCAGCCUCAUUACCUUUGAAGAUGCCCCCUCUCAGUUGUGACCAUGAAGCAUUUGCAUCUUCUGCCUGUCCCUGCAUAUCCAAGCUGCUAAUGAUCCUUCACCUGCCCUCCCUCAUAGUGUUCCCUCUUUUGCAGGAACAAAACACUAUGCCUCCUGGCUACCUCCUUCCUCCAGCAUUUGUGAGCCACCUGUGGUUUUGCCAGGUCAUAGGACUCUUUUGGUGAAAACUGUUAAUUGUCAAACUGACCUGGGAAUGUGUUUCAUCUCUUCAAAAAGGUUUUGAAAUUGAGAACUUCUCAGAACUGGCAGGGGAGGAAGGAGGUCUUCAGCUCAAUAAGGAGCAUCUCCUUAAAAAGCCCUUCAAAAUUUGCCCCAGCCUAUAGCUGCCAUUGUGGCUAUUAACACAGUGCUUGUGUCUAGUUCCUUUAAUGACAGUUUUGGUUAAUCUGAAUGGAGUCUUGUAUUCUCCAGUCUGAUGAAUCUGCUCCUAUUUGAGCUCUAAAUGCUAAAUUGUCACAUAAACCCCACCAAAAUAUCACAGAACAACCCCUUCAAGUAUACAGCACUCUCCUUGAUUUCAGUUUUACUUGGUGGCAGUGAUUGUUGUCAAUAAUUAUUUGGCUUCUUUUUUUUCCUUUCAGAAUUAGUUAUUGAUUAAAUGAGCAAGUACUUUUAAAAAAAUCCUUUGUUACUCACUUUUCUUUCCCAUAUCCAUGAGUUUCAUAAUUUUAAGCCCUGCCAAAUAAAGCUGUUGGAUUCUCUCUUGUAGAGGCAGCAGUUAAAGCCUUUUAAUAAUAGCAAUGCCAUUGCUGAUUUUUUACAGUGAAGGGAUACAGGUUGCAGCUUGCUUCUAGAUUGUCAGUUAACACAUGGAUAGGAAAGCAUUGUCUAAGAUUUUCCAUAGAACUCCGAAAGGAAAUUAAUUUGAUUUGGUUUUUCUUCACUUCCAUUUACAAUUAUUCAAAUAGUAAAGCAGCUUUUGUCUUCAGUGGGGAACCAGUACAUUCAGAUGCUGCUGGGGUACAUUUUUUGCCCCAGUAGGUUACAUACUGCUCCAGUUUUAUUUUAUAAGUGUUUUUUGCAGGAGACUCUGACAAUUCCUCUGAUGCCUGCUUUUUCUGUUUGGUGAGAUCAUUAGCCUCCUUUUCUUUGGGCUGAGAUGUUUUUUAUGAGGGGCAGCAAGUUCUGAGAUUUCUUGCCUUGACAGCCAACUCCUAAAGGUGGAGAAGUGGGUUAGGUAUCACCUAAAAGAAUGGAAAGAGAAUGUAUGAAAAUGUUAAGAUAAUUUUUUAAAGGACCAUGAAUUUUUUUGUCAACCAGGAAAUAAAACACAGAUUUCAGUAUCAAUAAACAGUUCUUUUGAAGAGUGCCUCUUGAUUGGCUUUCUAAACCUCCCAUCAUUUGACCAUGUUAGCUCCUACUUGGAGGUGAACUCAAAGUAUUUUAAUUGCAGUCAGUAUUGUUAGCAUGGGGGAUGUUAAAAUGUAGUAACAAAUGUGGUUUUUGAAGUCUUUACAUGCAAACUCCUGAAUGUUAGACUCACUUCUUUUGCAGAAUUGCCCAAGCCAGAUCAAGAUGAUGUACACCUAUUUCACUUCCUCAUCCCAUUUCACAGCUACAGAAAUCCUGCAUAAUAAUUACUGUCCAUUUUGAACCUGAAGCUUGAGUGAAAAAACUGAACCAUGAUAUUUUAGACAAAGUUCAGUGCUUCCAACUGCAACUGUCUCCUAAUUGGUGGCAUAUCUGAUCUUACUUUAAAUUUUCCAGAGUUGAAUACAUAUCUACUUCUUAGGUCUUAAACUUAAUGCUUCUUCACCCAAUAUGAAUUUCUUAUGUGCACAAACAAGAAAACUCCACUGGUAAGUUGCCAUCAUUGUGUACUUGUUCUAAAAAUAUAAAGAACAGAAAAGAAUUAUAUUGUUCUUACAAAUCUGGAAUACUUCCUUGUCUUCCUUCCACUGAAUGUGAAAAAUACCUGCAUGGAAUGAUUUCUGUGGAAGAAAUUCAUCUUGUACAAUGCAUUCCCUGUAAUAGCUGUAUUAAAAGUGAUGCUAAUUAAGACAGGGUAAUUGCCACAGUGUCAUGUUGGCUUGGUGAUGCCUUGUUUUAAGGAUAAUUCUGCCUUAAUUUUAUAAUGAGGGAGAAAUUUGCCAACUUGUUGGGUAAGCAGUUCUCAAGGGUAUGAUGGAUUCACCAGUAAGCUAGCAAAAUGUUUAAUCCUGUUAAUGUGCAUUCCUCCUAUAUUCAAUAGGUGUUCAGACUUUGCAGACAGACAAAUGUUUUGCCUCUGUAUGUUCAUGUUGUAUUUUGAACUGAUAGGGUCUUUGGUUAGAGCAUGGAGAAUGCAGUCUUCUGGGAUUUAAAGAAGAUACUUGAGCAUCUUUUGCACCUUAGCUUGAGGUUCUGGGAAGGAAUCCCACGAUCAAGCCUGUAUCUUUCUGUUGGUUCAGGAUGUGAUAUUUCCAGUUGGAAAAUGCGGAAGGAAGUAGUCAGAGAAACCUCAUCCUGAAACUCUGAGAAGGUACUGUCAAGCAGUACUGAAUUAAAGCUACACAGUUUUAAAAUAGUUCUUACAUAUUAGAAAAGCCAAAAAUACGUGAGAAGCUAGGGUUGGCUAUCUAAAAAUUAAAUUCAGAAAUUCAGUUCACAGGCAGUCUAACAAGUCAGUUUGAAUUACUGGAUCAAUUCUCUGAUUCAAACCAUUUAUUCAUAUUGGACUUUUGAUUUGAAAAGAUUUAGAUCCGCUUUGGUGAUUUGUCAACCUUUUCUGCAUGUGCAAAAGUACUUUUUCAAUUUAGAUUUUUGAAUCCAUUUAUAAGUCCCAAAUGAAUUAAUUCUCUGAAUCAGUUUAAAUGUCUGAAUCACUUUUUGGAUGGUUUACACACCCCUGAUAUUUACAACCCUGUAGUUCUGGAUGAGUUCUUAGACCAUUAAUGUAAAGAAAGUUCUUGAUGAAGGUCUUUUGAUUACAGGUGAUAUAUUGACUCCUAUGAAUUAGAAGUAGAGAACCAGUUUGGUGUAGUAGUUAAGGCAUCAGGCUGGAAACCAGGAGAUCGUGAGUUCUA